UGGGAAGCUCAACAUGGACAAACUACAAACAUUCAAUCUUGUUAGCUAGUGAAAAGCAUGUGCUCAACAAACAAAUUGUUACCUGUCACCCACCAUGGCUCUGAACAGUUGACUAAAAGAGUCAGGGUGGGGUUGAGGGCUUUAUAUAGGUGAACCCACCUGCAUUCACUAAUUAGGCCAAAUUUGGGUCAAACCAUGAUUAUCAAAAGCUGGGUAUUACAGAAGGACACUGGACAUUUGAAAGUUGUGUUGUCUAAAGCCUGAAUAUACUGUGUACAAAAAUGACUGCUCUACACAUGCAAAAGUACUAUGUGAAUACUUUUUAGACAUGUGAUGGUUAUUUAUGGUGUAAUUUGCAAAAUAACUGUUUUCUUAAUUCCCCCUGUCAAAUUGGUCCCAGCUAGUGGGCGGAGCUAUGGGCUAUUUAAGUUGGAAAAUGCCGUUUUUCUGACAGUCUGCUGUUGGUCACUGCCAGAGGAGGUUCUCUGUCCUGAGCAGGAGUUUCGAUCUUCAUGCAUCAUCUACUGAGAGUGUAGGUGCUUUGUUUUCCUGUCAUUGUUCACCUUUUGACACUUUUUGGGAUUUCAAUAAAUGUUUGUAAACUGUUACCAACUGCGUGCCUUGCCAUCCUUGAUUUGAAAGUCUGGUUUGCAACGGUUACAUUACCUUCACCCGAGGCGGGGUGUGACAUAUGGUGGCAGUGGUGGGAUGGCAAGCCGCAGAGUUUACAACAAAUCUGGCAGAGGGCAGGCCAGAACUGGUUUGAGAUCCCAAGUGUCGAAGGUGGCAAUGACAGAGGAGACUGAUGAGAUGGCUGGUCGAGGGGCCACGGCGAUGAGGCUGGACCGGACGACUAUGGCUGAGGAGCGUGAAGUUGGAUGGAACACAGAGGAGUCUGAAGAAGACGUCAAAGGUUUUGAGAACUCUGGGGCUAGGCGUAAGCAGCAUAGGAAGGGUUCUGGGAAGGCUAGGUGGUCUGCUGAGCCACCAAAGACUGAAAGAGUGCUAAGUGAACCUACCCUGGUUAACAUGUUCCAAGACUUUUUGAUUGGACAGCAACGUAGGGAAGCUAUCAUAGUCCGUGAACUCCAGGAGUUAAAAAAUGUCUGUACAAGGCCUAGCCUAGAUCACUCACUCACUAACCAAAAUGCUAACCGUACUACUGAUGAUAGUCGUUAUGAGCAGUUGCCCAAACCCAGAACUCGCCCACAGCCAACUCCUAGUCCUCAAGCGUCGCCGUCCAGAGAUUCCUUGCCACCUGACCAUCAUCUCCGACAAGGCCCAAAGAUGCUCCCUUUCCAGCAGGGUGAGGACAUCGAAAACUUUCUUGUCCGCUUCGAGCGCAUCGCUCGCACCUGGGGCUGGCCUCAGUCUGACUGGGCCUGCCGACUUGUUCCACUCUUGACCGGCAAAGCUCUGGAUGCCUAUUCUGCGAUGGAGGAAGAUGCUUCCAACGUCUAUACUGACCUUAAAGAAGCCCUCCUUGCUAAGUUUGAUAUCUCUCCUGAGACUUAUAGACUCCAGUUCCGGUCAACCUACAUUCCCCCUGGUGAAUCUCCCAAGGAGACUUACAACAGACUCAAAGGUCUCUACAGAAGAUGGAUCAAGCCAGAGCAGCAUUCCAAAGAAGACAUUGCAGAGCUCUUCAUUCUGGAGCAAAUGCUUCGCAUGCUGCCCAACGAAAUGAGGACUUGGGUGAAGGAACAUGAGCCAGAAGACGGACUUACUGUUGCUAAACUUGCAGGCCAGUACUUGAAUGCUCGUAAAGGACUCCGAAUGCCAAGGCAGCAGAACAACCGUGUAGCAGCCCAAGGUGCAGCCGACCUGUCACACCAAAGAGGUGUGCAGAAAGCAGGUGGUUAUAGCACCUCAGGGGACAACAGACUGCUCCCGAGACAGAGUCCAGUGAAGGAUCUCAUCUGCUACCACUGCCAACAGCCAGGGCAUCGAGCCCCAGUCUGCCCCUUGAAAGGUCCCAAGCUGUCCAGCUUCUGUCAUGUUCCCCAUCCAUCUGUCCCAGCUUCAGUCAUGGCACCUGCUCUUGCACCCAAUUCUGAACCUGAGGCCAAACCUAUCAUGGUGCCAGCUUGUGUUAAUGGCCGUCCAGUGCAAGCAUUGUUGGACACAGGUAGCUCCAUGACACUGUUGAACCAUUCUUUUGUGUCACUUGGUAAUCUUGACUAUCAGCAUGCCACAGCCAUUCAAUGUGUCCAUGGUGAUCAAAGAAUAUAUCCCGUGGCUGAUGUGACCAUCGUCAUCGAUGACCAGGCUUUCUUGCUCCGUGUGGGGGUUCUUGAUCACAUGCCCCAUGACAUGAUCUUGGGCAGAGACUUGCCUAUUCUGCAUGAUCUUGUUCAUCAGACACACACGCAGAAAGUGAAGUCCAGUUUUAUUCCAGCCAUUCAAGAGGCUUAUCCAGUACUCACCCGUGCCCAGACAGCCAAGAUAGGGCUGGAGCCUCUUCCUGACUUGGACCCUUCUCUAUGCCAGGGUGGUCAGAAGGGCCCGCCCAAAAGUAAGAGCCAGCGCCGCCUGGAGAAAAUCCAAGGUACUCCACUGUUGGGUAAUGUGUCAAGCUUGAAACCUGAUGAAGAGUGGCAAGUACCUGAAGACAUCCGAGAGCUACAGAGAGCUGACGUCUCACUGGCUCCCCUGCUGGCUAAGAUGAAAGAUGCAAACAUCCCCUUGCAGCCAAACCAGGGUGAAAAGUAUGUCUUGGAGGAUGGAGUUCUGUAUGUAGCAGAUCAGUCAGAGAAUCGCUUGGUGGUCCCUACCUGCUGUAGGCCCCUUGUACUGCAUCUUGCUCAUUCCAUACCUUGGGCUGGUCAUCUUGGGCAAGACAAGACUCUUGCUCGAGUCAAAGCUCGCUUCUUUUGGCCUUUAAUGGUCAAAGAUGUUAUUGAGUACUGUCAAACCUGUCUACAGUGCCAGAAGACCUCUCCGAGACGACCUGAGAAAGCCCCACUACUCCCUCUUCCUCUCAUUGAUGUUCCUUUCCGGAGGAUUGCAAUGGAUAUCGUUGGACCCCUGGAGAAAAGCAGUGGAGGCCAUGAAUACAUCCUUGUCCUCUGUGACUAUGCCACCAGAUUUCCCGAGGCCUUCCCACUAAGGAGUAUCAAGACUCCGAAAGUCAUCUCUGCACUUGUACAAUUCUUCUCACGAGUAGGAAUUCCAGAUGAAAUAAUCACGGAUCAAGGAACCAACUUCACCUCAAAGCUCAUGAAGCAGCUUCACAAACAACUUGGAAUUACUGGCAUUCGCACCACCCCCUAUCAUCCACAAACUGACGGGUUGGUGGAACGCUUCAACCAAACCCUGAAGUCCAUGCUGAGGAAGUUUGUAGACGACACCGGUCGAGACUGGGAGAAAUGGCUUCCCUUCUUGCUCUUUGCCUAUCGAGAGGUACCCCAAGCCUCUACCGGGUUUUCGCCUUUUGAGCUUCUUUAUGGGUUCCCUGUUCAAGGCCCCUUGGACCUCUUGAAGAAAUCCUGGGAAUCCAAACCACCUGCACCACAAGGGGUACUUUCUUAUGUGCUGCAGAUGCGAGACCGGCUGGAGCAAUACAGAGCCAAGGCAAGAGAAAAUCUUGGAAAGGCCCAGAUGAAACAGAAGACCUGGUAUGACCAAAAAGCACGUCACAGGGUGCUAUACCCAGGUCAAAAGGUCAUGCUCUUGCUUCCAACCUCAAGCCAUAAACUGCUGGCCCAAUGGCAAGGUCCUUACUCCGUGGUCAGACAAGCUGGUCCAGUCACCUAUGAGAUCUCACAUCCGGAUAAAGGAAAGGCAUCCCAAGUGUACCACAUCAACCUUCUGAAGGAAUGGAAGGAGAGGAAAUCCUCUGUGGAAGGAAAGGAUGUCCAGGCCAGUCAAGUACCUACUCAAAGCAAGAAGUUGCAAGAGAAAAAGGUGAUGCUGGCACGGGAAGUGGAAAUGGAGGAUGAUGUGGAGGAGACAGAUCUGUCCAUGCUCACUACACCACAGAAACCUGAUGUAAGCCACUUGUCUGCACAAUCUGCCCUUAAACUAUUGCAAGUGUGUGAAGAAUUCCCAGUAUUGUUCAGUGGAAAGCCCGGAAGGACUCCACUAAUUGAACAUGUCAUUCACUUAAAAAACCCAACACCUAUCUGUCAGCGCCCAUACAGAGUGCCUGAGCGGAUGGUGGAGCCCCUCAACCAUGAAAUCCAAACCAUGCUGGAUCUAGGAGUGAUUGAACCCUCAAACAGUGAGUGGUGUAACCCCAUUGUCCUCGUUCCUAAAAAAGACAACACGAUACGAGUUUGUAAUGACCUACGCAAAGUGAAUGCCGUUUCUAAAUUUGAUGCUUAUCCUAUGCCACGUAUUGAUGAACUUCUUGAGAAGCUCGGCAAAGCUGUGUUCAUCACCACCCUUGACCUGUGUAAGGGAUACUGGCAAGUCCCUUUAAAGAAGGAGUCUAGGGGUACACUGCCUUCCGUGGACCAAAGGGUCUCUAUCAUUACACAGUGAUGCCGUU